AUGCGAGAGCCUAUCAGGCAGGGAAAGAGGAAGUGCAAAGACCUCGAGGCCCCCGAGAGCUUGGCAUGGGUUUCAGGGCUGUCAGAAGAUGGCACAGUGCCUGCCAGAGAGCCCUGUGGCUGUUCCUUUGAUGAGCACUACGGCAACUGUGGUUAUAGCGUGGCCCUGGGGACCAAUGGGUUUACGUGGGAGCAGAUUAACACGUGGGAGAAACCAAUGCUGGACCCAGCGGUGCCCACAGGAUCCUUCAUGAUGGUGAACAGCUCUGGGAGGGCCUCUGGCCAGAAGGCGCACCUUCUCCUGCCGACCCUGAAGGAGAAUGACACCCACUGUAUCGAUUUCCAUUACUACUUCUCCAGCCGCGACAGGUCCAGCCCGGGAGCCUUGAAUGUCUAUGUGAAGGUGAACGGCGGUCCCCAGGGGAACCCUGUCUGGAACGUGUCUGGGGUCGUCACCGAGGGCUGGGUGAAAGCAGAGCUUGCUAUCAGCACCUUCUGGCCACAUUUCUACCAGGUGAUAUUUGAAUCCGUCUCUUUGAAGGGUCAUCCUGGCUACAUCGCUGUGGACGAGGUCCGGGUCCUUGCUCAUCCAUGCAGAAAAGCACCUCACUUUCUGCGGCUCCAAAAUGUUGAGGUGAACGUGGGGCAGAACGCCACAUUUCAGUGCAUCGCUGGUGGGAAGUGGUCUCAGCAUGACAAACUUUGGCUCCAGCAAUGGAACGGCAGGGACACGGCCCUCAUGGUCACCCGCGUGGUCAACCACAGACGCUUCUCAGCCACGGUCAGCGUGGCCGACACCGCCCAUCGGAGUGUGAGCAAGUACCGCUGUGUGAUCCGUUCCGACGGUGGUUCCGGUGUGUCCAACUAUGCCGAGCUGAUUGUGAAAGAGCCUCCCACACCCAUCGCCCCCCCAGAGCUGCUGGCCGUAGGGGCCACAUACCUGUGGAUCAAACCAAAUGCCAAUUCUAUCAUCGGCGAUGGCCCCAUCAUCCUGAAGGAGGUGGAAUAUCGCACCACCACGGGCACUUGGGCCGAGACCCACAUAGUUGACUCUCCCAACUAUAAGCUGUGGCAUCUGGACCCUGACGUGGAGUAUGAGAUCCGGGUGCUGCUCACACGACCAGGGGAGGGAGGCACGGGACCACCAGGGCCUCCCCUCACCACCAGAACCAAAUGUGCAGACCCCGUGCACGGCCCGCAGAACGUGGAGAUUGUGGACAUCCGCGCUCGGCAGCUGACCCUGCAGUGGGAACCGUUCGGCUACGCGGUGACCCGCUGCCACAGCUUCAACCUCACCGUGCAGUACCAAUACGUGUUCAACCAGCAGCAGUACGAGGCUGAAGAGGUCAUUCAGACCUCUUCCCACUACACCCUGCGGGGCCUGCGCCCCUUCAUGACCAUCCGGCUGCGGCUGCUGCUUUCUAACCCCGAGGGCCGGAUGGAGAGCGAGGAGCUGGUGGUGCAAACAGAGGAGGACGUUCCAGGAGCUGUUCCCCUAGAAUCCAUCCAAGGAGGGCCCUUUGAGGAGAAGAUCUACAUCCAGUGGAAACCUCCCAAUGAGACUAAUGGAGUCAUCACACUCUAUGAGAUCAACUACAAGGCUGUUGGCUCACUGGACCCGAGUGCUGACCUCUCCAGCCAGCGGGGGAAAGUCUUCAAGCUCCGGAAUGAAACCCACCACCUCUUUGUGGGUCUGUACCCGGGGACCACCUACUCCUUCACCAUCAAGGCCAGCACAGCAAAGGGCUUCGGGCCCCCUGUCACCACUAGGAUUGCCACCAAAAUUUCAGCUCCGUCGAUGCCUGAAUAUGACACAGACACCCCACUGAAUGAAACAGACACGACCAUCACGGUGAUGCUGAAGCCCGCUCAGUCACGGGGAGCCCCUGUCAGUGUUUAUCAGCUGGUUGUCAAGGAGGAGCGACUUCAGAAGUCACGAAGGGCAGCUGACAUCAUUGAGUGCUUUUCAGUGCCUGUGAGCUAUAGGAAUGCCUCCAGCCUUGAUUCUCUACACUACUUUGCUGCUGAAUUGAAGCCCGCCAACCUGCCUGUCACCCAGCCAUUUACAGUGGGUGACAAUAAGACAUACAAUGGAUACUGGAACCCUCCUCUUUCCCCUCUGAAAAGCUACAGCAUCUACUUCCAGGCACUCAGCAAAGCAAAUGGAGAGACCAAAAUCAACUGCGUUCGCCUGGCUACAAAAGGUGCCUCCACUCAGAAUUCUAACACUGUGGAGCCAGAGAAGCAGGUGGACAAUACCGUGAAGAUGGCCGGUGUGAUUGCUGGCCUCCUCAUGUUCAUCAUCAUUCUUCUGGGCGUCAUGCUCACCAUCAAAAGGAGAAGAAAUGCUUAUUCCUACUCCUAUUACUUAAAGUUUGAAAACACAAAGGUAAAGGGGAAAAAACUCCAUAAACAGAGCCUUGCAGAUGGCAGCCGUGGGGAGCUGUCCCAGCCUACCCUCACGAUCCAGACUCACCCCUACCGGGCUUGCGACCCCGUGGAGAUGAGCUAUCCCCGGGACCAGUUCCAGCCCGCCAUCCGGGUGGCUGACCUGCUACAGCACAUCACCCAGAUGAAGAGAGGCCAGGGCUACGGGUUCAAGGAGGAAUAUGAGGCCUUACCAGAGGGGCAGACAGCUUCGUGGGACACAGCCAAAGAGGAUGAAAACCGCAAUAAGAAUCGAUACGGAAACAUCAUCUCCUACGACCAUUCCCGGGUGAGGCUGCUGGUGCUGGACGGAGACCCGCAUUCCGACUACAUCAACGCCAACUACAUUGAUGGAUACCAUCGACCUCGGCACUACAUUGCAACUCAGGGUCCGAUGCAGGAGACUGUCAAGGACUUUUGGAGAAUGAUCUGGCAGGAGAACUCGGCCAGCAUCGUCAUGGUCACGAACCUCGUGGAAGUGGGCAGGCACCCAGCGGAACACACUGUGGGAAAUGCCACUCUAGCCCGCGCGGCGUCCCCCGGAAUGGUGAAGUGUGUGCGAUACUGGCCGGAUGACACGGAGGUCUACGGGGACAUUAAAGUCAGCCUGAUUGAGACAGAGCCCCUGGCAGAGUACGUCAUACGCACCUUCACCGUCCAGAAGAAAGGCUACCACGAGAUCCGGGAGCUCCGCCUGUUCCACUUCACCAGCUGGCCCGACCACGGCGUCCCCUGCUAUGCCACUGGCCUCCUGGGCUUCGUGCGCCAGGUCAAGUUCCUGAACCCCCCCGAGGCCGGGCCCAUCGUGGUCCACUGCAGUGCGGGAGCCGGAAGGACUGGCUGCUUCAUCGCCAUCGACACCAUGCUCGACAUGGCCGAGAACGAAGGGGUAGUGGACAUAUUCAACUGUGUGCGUGAGCUCCGGGCCCAGAGGGUCAACCUGGUGCAGACAGAGGAGCAGUAUGUGUUCGUGCACGACGCCAUCCUGGAAGCAUGCCUCUGCGGCAACACAGCCAUCCCCGUGUGCGAGUUCCGCUCUCUCUACUACAACAUCAGCAGGCUGGACCCCCAGACCAACUCCAGCCAGAUCAAAGACGAAUUUCAGACCCUCAACAUCGUGACUCCCCGAGUCCGGCCCGAGGACUGCAGCAUCGGGCUCCUGCCCCGGAAUCACGAUAAGAACCGGAGCAUGGAUGUCCUGCCUCUAGACCGCUGCCUGCCCUUCCUUAUCUCGGUGGAUGGGGAACCCAGCAACUACGUCAAUGCCGCUCUGAUGGACAGCCACAAGCAGCCUGCUGCCUUCGUGGUCACCCAGCAUCCUCUACCCAACACCGUGGCAGACUUCUGGAGGCUGGUGUUCGAUUACAACUGCUCCUCCGUGGUGAUGCUGAAUGAGAUGGACACUGCCCAGCUCUGUAUGCAGUACUGGCCUGAGAAGACCUCCGGGUGCUACGGGCCCAUCCAGGUGGAGUUCGUGUCCGCAGACAUCGACGAGGACAUCAUCCACAGAAUAUUCCGCAUCUGUAACAUGGCCCGGCCUCAGGAUGGGUAUCGUAUAGUCCAGCACCUCCAGUACAUCGGCUGGCCCGCCUACCGGGACACACCCCCCUCCAAGCGCUCUCUGCUCAAAGUGGUCCGACGGCUGGAGAAGUGGCAGGAGCAGUACGACGGGAGGGAGGGGCGCACCGUGGUCCACUGCCUAAAUGGGGGCGGCCGCAGUGGGACCUUCUGUGCCAUCUGCAGUGUGUGUGAAAUGAUCCAGCAGCAAAACAUCAUCGACGUGUUCCACAUUGUGAAAACGCUGCGUAACAACAAAUCCAACAUGGUGGAGACCCUGGAACAGUAUAAAUUUGUAUACGAGGCGGCACUGGAAUAUUUAAGCUCCUUUUAGUCCGAUGGGAUGGGGAGCCUGCCGGAGCCCAGAGGCUACUGCAGCCAAGCCCCCUUUUCUGUGAAUGGCAGUGACUGGGCUCAGGGGCUAAGAGGCAGCACCCUGCCCAACUCCAAGGAGAAGACUGUGGUCCUGCGUUCCGUGGUGGGCUCUGCACCUUCCAAGGGGUCUCCUGUAGCUGUGGGAGAUGCUGCUCUGAAAGGCCCAGGCUUCCCUUCCACACCCAACCAGCUGGGACCACGGGUCCGUGCACAAGUGCGCCCACGGCAAGGCCCUGGAUUUUUCCGUUUCCAGACCUCCUGCUUUUGCUCUUUUCAAGUUUGUGAAUCUCCUGGCAAGCCGGCUGUGUGAGUGUUGGGGAGUGACAGCCUCAGCAGCACGUCCCUGCCCUAGUUGUCCUUGGGAGUGGAGGGGGUGUGGGUUCUACUCCUCCAUGCUGUCGUGGAAAUGACUGGGCUCUUGGGGGUCCCUGCACUGCUGCCCCUUGUAGUCUCCUUCAGGGAUCUCUGGCGCUGGACACCUGCCAGUCUGGAUCAGUGUGAACCUCGGGAUGCUCCCGACACCACAGCAGAGGCCCCCAUUCUCACACCUAACCUGCAUGGGGCUUGGCCCGAUACCAUUCUGUACCCCUCCCCUAGCCUAGGCCUUGACCCGUCAUUCACUGGCCAGCCCACUGUGUCCAGCCUUUGAUAAAGGUUCUCUUUGCUUUUCGUAGUCAGUGGGACGGGGGAGCGUGGAAUUUUGCUGCUCUUCCUUGUCUCUGUGAAAAGGAACCAUCUCUCUGGGGCAGGGCUCUGGCUGACCUUGUGUCUUUCGGGUGGUGGAUAAGAUUUGAUUAUUUUCCAAAGUGCAUAUGAAAAGAAACUUUCUUUGGGGGUGUAAAGUCUUAGUCUGUUAUGCCAAAAUAAAAGAGAGAGGGAAGUUUGGAUGUGUAACUAUAAGACAAAUCUCUCGGGCCUCUCAUCUUUCCUGGCAAUGUCCUUAAAAGAUCCCACCCUGGAACAGCACUGCUACUGAGCAAGGGAGACAGGCUCAUCUGAGGACGGUCCCUUCAGUUUGUGGGACAGAUAGAGUGCCAGCUUUGUGCAUCAUCUUGAAUCUCCAAAUUUGAAUUCCCUCCUAGAGAAACCCUUAGCUGCCAUCGUGAGAAAGGCCACAGUGGACCCAGGUAUGUGGUCAAGGAGAUCACACCAGGGAUCUAGGAUCUUAUCCAAAGUAUGGGUAAGUCAGUGACAGGGAACCAACAUUUGCUAAGCACCUGCUAUAGGCCAGGCUUGGCACGUUCCAUAUGACAUUUCACGUGGUCCUAGACUCCCAUGAGAGAACUACUAACCUGUGAUCAUCUCUACUUCAUGACUGGGGAAACUGAGGCAUCUUCCUCAGUGAUGAAAUUCUGGGUUCUGAAAAGGCAGACAUUGGUGAUAAGACUUAUUCGUACUGUUUUCUUCAUCGUUCUCAGCAAAGCAGUUAUUUUAUGGAGGGGAAAAUAAGGCUAGAAACUUCCGAGCAGAGAACUCCACAAUGGAAAUUUAAUUCUUUCUUUCUGAUGUGAGUUCUUCUGGGAAGCCCAGAAUUUCAGAUAUAUUUUUAGUAAUUCCUUCCCGGCUCCCCAGGAAAGCUAGUCUCUUCUCAUUUCUUCACCAGUGAAAACAGAUGCCUGUUCCCUCAGGCUGUGAGGUCGGCCGGCCAGGGACAUGCUCUCUACCUUGGUCUCUACUGGGUGCUCAAGCACAGUAUCUGGCAGCCUCGGGGUGGCCUGGGAUCUAGGAAGCUCCGCUGGGAGGCCGGUCUAGCCCCAGACAGGGGAUGAGGAACACAGAAUUCAAGAAGGCACAGUUUUUGCACCCAAGAGCUCACUGUAUACUGGAGAGAUUGGACCCCAGUGCAGAGGUGGUAGAGCAUAUGAGUAUUACAGGAACCUGGGAGCAAGACUCUGCCUGCCUAGGGCUUCCUAGAGGGGAUGGCAUCCACUCCAGCUGGAUCUCAACAGAUAGAAAAAGGAAAGAAAGGAAAUCAGUCCCAGGAAUCAGGAUGUGCAGUGGCAAAGAGGUGUGAAAACUCCUUGGGUUGGGGGCCGGCAGGGGGGCACAUGGUAUGGUGGCAGGUGAGCCCAGCUGGAGCACAGCACUGCCGAAGGGGUGGCAGGGGAUGAGCCAGGGUCAGGGAGAAGAGAGCUUACCUGGAGUAUAGAAUACCCCUGUGGGCAACAGGGGGCCAGCAGAGCUCCCGAGUGAUGUGCUCGGCUCAGUGUUAGAGAAGACUCUCUCUGGGGCCAGUGGGGCUGCCUCUUCUUUCAUCAGACACUGUGAAAACAUUCCCUGAAGCGCGUGCUUUUUAAUAUCACAUCUGUUUGUCUGUCUGCUCAUUAUUUUGUUGCUGGAACAAAAUACACAGUGGAUCAUAAGACUCAGCUUCUGUGAGACACUCAGGGUCUCUGCUCUACCGUGGAGCAAGGUGACCAAUCCAGGCCUCCAGACCCAUGAGGCUGGGACAUGAAAGGAGCCCACAGAAGUUGUUCCCAUUGGCCUCGGCUCUGGAGCUGUCUGGAAGUCCAGGGACACCAGACUUGAUCACAGAAGGGCUGUCACUUUGGAGGUUCAAAAGGAAGCAUCUCAAAGGAAAGGAAGGCAAAGGAGUGCCACCCCACCCCCCGCAACAAACUCACUCUUCUCCUUUGAUGGGUCUCUUCCCCAGUGUGCUUGAGCAGGUCCCCUGGCUCCAGUCCACGACUCCAGCCAGCCCUCACGCUGCCUUCAAGGAGCUGGUAACAAAGCAAAUCAGCCUGUCCUAUGCUCUUUUCUCAGAUCAUGGCUCAUCCCUGCAGAAUGGGGGAGGGGAGCUAUCCAACACAAAGCCUAAGAUUAUUCUGCUCCAGAAGGGGUGACAGAGCUGGCAGAUAAAAACGACACUGGCUUUUAUCAUUUCAAACGGUAGGAAUCUAAAAUGUGACUUCAGGGAGAAGGGAAAUUGGAAAAAUUCAGGCCAUGGUGGGGUACCUGACCGAACAAGGCCAGCGAUGGUUCCCCCAGCUAAGCGCCCCCCCAUUUCCUCAAAACCUAGCCGCUCUCCAAAGAGGGCAGGGCAGUGAACAGGUCUUGGGCCUGUUUACAAGGGAUGAAACUAAGGCUCAUGAUGGGGAUAUCCUCCCGAAGAUUCCACAUGAUAUGCAUGUGGCAGGGCUUGGACGAGAUGGGGCAUCAGUGCCCUGGAAUUUGGACUUGAUCCAGUCCUUGGGAAAUAAGAGCAAACACCACCUCCCCCAAGCUAUCUUCCCACGCUGCUCCACUUAGAGGGUGGGCCACCUUUCACAAGGCAGAGGAAAAUGGUAUCCAUGCUCUCUCAGCCUCCACAGCAGGAGCCAGCCUCUCAUCUCUGGGGUGCCAAAGGGAGCGCCCCCACUUAGUACAGAGCCUCAGGGUCACCUUCUAGUUAUGAACCCUGUUCGGAGGAGAUGUGAGGAAUUAGUGAGAAGCCAGAACCAUCACCAGCCUCAUGCGUUUGUGGCCUAGAUGGCUUCAGGAAUCACUUAGCUAUGCCUCCACGAGCGCCCUUUCACCCUUUCUGGGCCUCUGGAUGACCACAGCCCACCUCCCUUCGUGCAAACAGAAGGAUCAGACUGCUUUUUAGGCUGGCCCUCUCUUUGUGUGUGGCCUGAGCAAUAGCCUGCCAAAGGUUAGGCUUCCCAUGGAACCAGCAGAACCUGUGUUGGGCAGAGGGCUCACUGAAUUCUUCCAACAUCCCUAAGCAGUGUUUGUGUUUGUCACCAUUUUACAGAUGAGGAAACGAAGGCUCAGAGAGGAGAAAUCACUUGCCCACAGUUCCCCCAGUUAGUGAAUAGGGGAGCCAGGAAUUCAAUUUCUUCUGACUUCAAAAACCAUAUUUUUCCACCACUGUGACUCAGAUUUUCCCAUGGGUCUACCCAUAAUGGCAAAGAGUAGAGUGGAACAGAAACCCAGUGGGUCUUGUAAAGCCCAAAGCAGACAAGCUUAAAAUUCCUUCACAGUCUCUUGUUUUACUUUAACAAUUCAUGCAAUACUUGCAUUCCACUCUAAUUUGCCUGAUUUGUUUUAAUAGGACUAUUUUUUAAAUGAUGUGCUCUGAGGUCCUUCCAGCCCCUCAACUCCCUAUGACAGAACCUAGGGAAUCAUAUCCCAGUCUGAGAGGCAUAGUGUCUGCACUGCUUCCUCCUGAGACCAAUUCCAGACUCAGGCUCAAGACCAGCUCAACUUCCCCUAGACAGAUGCUUUGGUGUGGGGGUACCACGACCUCACCAUUCAUGGGUCGAUCUCAAGUUUCUUCCAGUUGGAUGCUGAAAGGAACCCAUUGGAAGGCAUAUCCUGGAAUGAUGAGGAUGUGCCCAUCUGGCAUGGUGAAGGCUGAGCCCAUAAUACCCUAAAGGGAAAGGAGAAGAUGUGCACAGCCUUUCUGAGCAGAUUCCUGAAUGCUGGGGCUUCUAGAAGGUGAUGCCCUUUGUCCAGGUGGAGUCACAUGGUUGCUAAUGUGGGCAAAUCUAAGGACAUGCUUCACAUGAGGGGCUGGGGUCUGGAAGUCUUCUCACUUUACUUCAACCACACAUACAUACUGGGUUCCUGCAACAUGCCAGGCAGGGCACAGGAAGCACAGGUUAUUAUGGCACAGUUCAUCCCUUGGUGAGGCAUGGGGCUGUGGUUGGAAGAGCUUAGUCUUCAGUUCACGUCUCAGCGUGGCCAUUUCUUAGCUAUACAAUGUUGGGCCAACCAAUUAAUGGAAAAGAUGUGAAAAAAGGAGCCUCAGCUGGGUAGAAGGCAUAGAUUUGGAGAGCUUUGGGCAGGAAAACAGGAAGGCAAGGCCAAGGAGUUGGGACCCAACAGAAAUACUCAAGGAUGCACAUGGACUACAGAGCAAAGUGGUCACUUCUGUUGCUCAGAAGGACAGGGGCUGGGGAGGGCUGGCCAGGACCACUGGAAGCAAGGAUGUCGCUUUAGAACAAGUUUCAGUGUCCUGGAGAAAAGAUGAUAAUUUUCCCUCUAACCAAUCAAGUCAUAUCUAUUCAUCAUCUGUUCCCUGUUGCUAAACUAGCUCCUGCUAUAUGUUCUCAGGAGGAUCCACUUUCCUCAGCUCUGGUAUGAAUCCCUGUUGUGUGCAUGUAGGUAUCAGUCUAGUUAAGCUGCUGCAGACAGCAGAAGUGAGGCCCAGGGAGGAAUAGCCAGGUACUCACCAUGUCAUCUCAGCAGGAGUAACUGCCCUACCCAGACCCAGAGACAUCGAAGGAGAUGCUAAUUCUCCUACACCUCACUGCCGUAGAACAGAAUGAAGAAAGCCGCCUUCCUUUAGCCCGCACCUGGCUACCCCUGGGCUAGGUAGACAGGCCGCCAGCACCCAGCUAAGUCAGCAGUAAUGCCAUGGGAAACACGAACAGCCCAAGAGUAGGAGGAGCAGGAUGCUAACAGAUUGUGCUGGGCCAGAUCUGUGGGGACCAAAAGUCAACCCCACCUUCAGGGCAGAUCAGAAGAUGAGACAUGAAUCCUGUGGAUGGCCAUUUCAUCUCUAAGCCCUGACCUGCCUUCCUCAUCAUCCAACUAGUCUGAGCUCUUUCUCAGCUGAUGAUGCCAACUCCAAAUCACAGCCCAAUAAAACAGGAAAAAGAUAAAGUGAAUCCAACUAGAGAAGACCAGAUGAGAUUCAUCAUUAUUCCUAUAUUCCCAUGCAAGGGUUCAAAUUUGGAGAUUUCCCAUGGAUAUAUAACUGAAAGUGAUAAAAUAUAUGGUGUUGGCAUCACCCAGCAGGGAUCUGCCUCUGACGUCAUAUACAAUCUGAGUAGCAGGGAGAGAAGUCCAUGGCGAAGAGUGGAGGGGCUACUGUACUCAUUUCCUCUGACACAUAUUUCAGGAUAUGACCCUUAGAAGCACAGCAGAGAUGUCUAAGCCAUAUUAAUGCACAUGAGAAGACUUUCUUCUGGUUUACUGGUAACCAGAGGUAGAUUUUUGCAUACCACUGGCUGUGCAACUAUCUUGUAGAGACCAAGACCACCUCUUGCAUCCCUCCUACCCACCCUCAGAAAAGAUGGGAAAAGGUCAUCAAAAGGGCCACAUUCACCCCUGUGAAAUCCACUCAUAAAUUUUCGUCCCCAAGAGGUGAAGUCAGCACCCACAGUGGUAGACCCCACGCCUGGCAUCUUAGCUAUCUAAGAGCUUGGGGGUAGUCUACUGGGGCUGAUAGAAGGGAUGUGAGAAGACUCAGGAUGAGUCUAUAGGGAAGACCCUUUGGGGCUGGAUCACCAUGGAACAUCCUUCGGAGCUGCUCUGGGUGAUGGGAUUUAGACCCUGAUCCUUGGUUGGGAUGUUCAGAGAAUUAGAGUCUGGGGGCAGUAGAGCACUGGACAGGAAGGUAUUGGUGUGCAAGCCUGGAGCUCAGGAUAGUUCAUGGUUCCUUGGUGAGUGGAACUCUUAGAUUUGGGGGAGGAAGGGGAAUGUGAAAGAACCUGCCAACAGUGCACAACUGAAUUCCUAUAAGCAUACUUCAGUGCACUUGGGUUUGUGAAUACAAAUCUGUAGACCUCCUAUGGGAUGAUCUAACAAGCUCUCAAUGCUCACCAUGCCCCCCUGCCCCUCCCAUGGAAGAUCAGUGAUGGAAGCUAUUCCUUGGGUCAAAGCCCCAGGGCAGUCUGGAGCCUCAGAGGGCCAAGCGGUGUCAUCCCAGGUCAAAUCAGACUUCCAAAGGGUCAGGCAGAAUGCUAGUGCCCAUAUGCCUAGAGAUCAUUGGACAAAUUCAAGCAUGGUUUGCUAGUCCCCGGUCUCUCUUUUGAGUGGAACUAGGAUCAAUGCAUGAAUUUGAUGAUUGUAAGGAAGAACUUGCUGUGUGCCAGAGAGGAUGAGCUGCCCAUCUCAGCAGUGGUCCAGCAGAGGCCAGACUUUAAAGAGAAUAAGGAGCAUUGCUGAGGUGACCCUGAACUUUCCUCCACCCUAGAUGGGUGAUCUGUUAUGGAGCUGGGACUGUAUUUGAACUCCUUCAUUCCUGUAGAGCACAAAGCCAAGGCUGUGCUUGGUCUGUGCAGGUUGAAGUCCCCUAAUCUCCUGCCCCAGUCUUCCAACCAUGCAGACCAAGAUGCUGCUCUGGCCCCAUAUCCAGGGCUCAUCCAGGCUGGUUAUCACCAAAAAGUCCAGAAAGAAUGGCCGCUUUGCCAUAGACCCAUGCCCACCAAGAUCUGGGAUGAGAUCAACCCUAGCUCAGGCCCACUGGCCAUCAGGGCCAUCAGUGACAGCCAGAACUAGUAAAGUUUCAAGCAGAACCCAGAGCAGGGCUUUGCUUACCACAUGCAUGAUCUGCAGAGGUUACUUCUCCCCACUCCCCACUUGAGGCCUGUUGGAGCAGACUGCAAAAGCAAAAGCAUAGUGACUCUGUUGGCACGUAAUUAUAAUCAUCCCCAGGGUGUCCGUUUCCUUGCCAGAUGGAUCCUGGGCUAGCCCAGGUGAAUCCCGGCUAUCCCAUGUUGGCAGUCAGACUCAAAAGCACUUCUCUACCUUCUGUUUUCACCCAACAUAACUAGCCAACGAAAGGCAAAGAGAGCUUCUAAGGUUGCUUUGGCUACUGGACACCAUCAUCAUCCUCUAAGGGCCAUCAUGGGGUUCCCACUCGACUCUAGGGAGACUGACAUCAUCACAUCCACUGGGCAUAUGAUAUUGCAUGAGACCAAAGUCUCCACACUGUUUGCAGCCUUCUCCGUGAAUCCCAAUGGCCUGCGCUUGUACAGUUUGGGUGUUUGGUAGAUAAAGCACGUAUGAGAAGAGAAAACAAAAUAAAUCAACUUUUAAAAAAAAAAGCCAGCACUGUGCUGUCAGUGUUCUUUUUUUUUUCUUUUUCCUUUCCAAUUCUAGCUUAAAAAAGCAGAAGGUAAAUAAUGUCAGGUCAAUGAAUAUCAGAUAUAUUUUUUGACUGUACAUUACAGUGAAGUGUAAUCUUUUUACACCUGCAAGUCCAUCUUAUUUAUUCUUGUAAAUGUUCCCUGACAAUGUUUGUAAUAUGGCUGUGUUGAAAAUCUAUACAAUAAAGCUGUGACCCUGAGA